ACUAAGCCUCCCACAGCCAAUAAGAACUUGACUGACUUCAACAUUUAGCACCAUACUAUCCAGAUUGCCCAGCUGUUUUGAUCUGGGCACUGGAUGACCUGAACUUUUCAGCUUCACUUUACUCACUUUUGAUGAAGUCUGAGGCUGAGGUGCCACUGGCAACUUUUGGACUGUCACAGUGGAUAUAGACCCACAGAUAACGUCUGGAGUAUCUGUGAAACAUAUGUAGUGAUUUCUUUAUUUUUUUACAUAUUGAGAGAUGCUCAGUCCCAUUCAAUGAUGUCUGCUGCGUGUUAAGGUGCCUCCGAGACUGCUGUUUAUCUGCAGAGCUCAUCUGUCCCUGUUCGAGAGCGCCUGCUAAGGUCCUUGUAUCUGUAAAACGUGCUGAAAUUGAAGAGGAGUUUGGUGAGUGAAAAUGGCGCCCGCCGUCGGUGGUCCUCAAGGCUACACACCACCUGAGGGUGGCUGGGGAUGGAUGGUGGUAGUUGGGGCCUUCAUCUCGAUUGGCUUCUCCUACGCGUUUCCCAAGUCCAUCACUGUCUUCUUUAAAGAGAUUGAGGUGAUCUUCGAUGUGACCAGCAGCCAGGUGUCCUGGAUCUCUUCCAUCAUGUUACGCCUUCUGACGUCUGUGUUUGUGCAUUGUUUUUUCUGCUCUUCAGGUCCCAUCAGCAGCAUCCUGGUUAAUAAAUAUGGGAGUCGUCCUGUUAUGAUGGCGGGGGGAUGCCUGUCUGGAUUGGGCCUCAUUGCUUCCUCUUUCUGCAAUUCUGUUCAGGCACUGUACUUUUGUAUUGGUGUGGUGGGAGGUUUGGGAUUGGCCUUCAACCUCAACCCUGCCCUCACUAUGAUUGGAAAGUACUUCUACAAAAGGCGGCCUAUUGCUAAUGGAAUUGCCAUGGCUGGCAGCCCUGUUGUUCUCUGCACCAUGGCUCCUAUAAACACCUGGCUUUUUGAGAAGUUUGGCUGGAGAGGAAGUUUCUUGAUCCUGGGUGGCCUGCUCUUUAAUUGCUGUGUUGCCGGUUCCCUCAUGCGACCUAUAGGACCAAAACCAAAACCUGCAGAGAAGGCUACAGGGAGGAGGACUGUCACACAGACCAUCAACAGCUUCAUUGACCUCUCUUUGUUCAAACACCGUGGCUUUGUACUAUAUAUCGUGGGCAAUAUUAUCAUGUUUUUUGGUCUCUUUGCGCCACUUGUGUUCCUCAGUAAUUUUGCAAAGAGUAAAGACAUCCCUAAAGAGAAGGCAGCUUUCUUACUGUCUGUGCUGGCUAUUGUGGACAUGGUUGCCCGGCCCUCAAUGGGCAUUGUGGCUAACACUAAGUGGGUCCGGCCCAGAAUACAGUACUUCUUUGCUGCGUCUGUGCUGUACAACGGUGUUUGCCAUGUUCUAGCACCAAUAUCAGUAGACUACAAAGGCUUUGUGAUUUAUGCCAUCUUCUUUGGGUUUGCUUUUGGCUGGCUGAGCGCAGUGCUGUUUGAGACCUUGAUGGACCUGGUGGGAGCCCAGCGCUUCUCCAGUGCUGUUGGGCUGGUCACUAUCGUGGAGUGUGGUCCUGUACUGUUAGGACCCCCUUUGCUUGGGAAGUUCAAAGACAUCUAUCAUGAUUACAAGUACACGUACCAGGGCUGCGGGAUCCUCCUCAUUAUCUCCAGUUUCAUCCUGUUUGCAGGGAUGGGACUCAACUAUCGACUGCUGGCCAAAGAGAAAAAAGAGGAGGAGAGGAUGUCCAGGGUGGGAGGUAGAGAACAAAAGUUCAACAGGGACAAUGCUGCUAAGGAGGUGGCAGAGGCUGGAAACACAGAAGACACUGUCUGAUAUUCUGUACCAUGUCAUGUUACAUUUUUGGUCAAUUUAAUCUUGUUUGUGAGUGAAACAAGGCAGCAGAUAAACAUUAUUUUGAGUCAUUUUCUGUUUCAUAAUGAAUAGUUUUUUAAGACCAUUACAGAAAGCAUCACCUGCAAUUUAAUGCAACAUAUUUACACACCUAAAGGCCUUUAAACUCUAAUGAACAAGCCACAUAAAAUACCUCUAAUAGUCUUUUAGGGACUGUUAUACCGGAUGUGUUUGGUAGACUAUUCAAGUUUGCUUAGCCUUAUGUCACUUAUAUUGUUGGGAGAUGAUGGUAUUUCUUUAAUCUCAGAUGGUAUCACUAUAUUUUUGCAGAAUUUUACCUUCUAAAAUGGACCAUCAGAUAAUUAGUUAUUUUUCAGUCGGGAAGUGCUCUAUAUUUUAAAAGGGAUGGCAAACAUUCUCUGUUGAAGUGCAUAAUUAUAGUAUUCACCACAUCAUGCUUGCCAUGCCAUCAUUCAAAUACAUUUAUAAAGACUUUUUUUCCUGUUUACAAGGCCUGCUGUCUGUGCAGUUUUGAAAGGUUUGAAAACAUCCUUAGUGCGACUCUCACUUUAUAUAUUCCACAAAUAUAUUCUUACUAAUUCUCUAUUUCUAUUUUAAACAUGUUUUGCUUGGUCCAACUCUGAGGGCAUUUAACAUUGUUGCAUAACUUUAUGUAUUCACAUGAUAGUAAAAUGUGCUACUGACUGCAAGUUACUGACACGUCAGAAAAUCAAAUAAACUGUCAUUUGACAAGAAU